GGAAGACUUGAGGACUUCCGGGUCAUCUCAGAUUGAGUGUGUUGUUGACUCGCGCUCGGUGUUUUCUCGUUAUUCUAUUUUCUCUGUAAAUGUCGCAAUGAUGUAGAUAAGAGGAAUAUUUGAGACCCUCCAUGACACGCGCUACCGGCCUCCGUCCCCGCGGGAUUCUGCGUGAAGACUGUGAGGAGUGAACGACUGUGAGGGGAGGAUGUGGCAGAGUGUUGGUUUGACGGUGUUGGUGAUCGUGGCCACGCUGAUAUGUGUCCUCCUCUUCAUGCUCUUCGGGUGGUACGUGGUGUGGCAGCUCUUCCUGUCCAAGUUUAAGUUCCUGCGGGAGUUGGUGGGUGACACCGGUUCCCCACAGGCAGAAACCGAGCCCUCCGAGUCUGAGAGUGAACGCAGCUCGCCCUCGACACCCCGCCACCGUCCCAAGACCGCCCGCCAACGGGUCGUCCCUCCUGACAGCACUACAUAGAUCUCCUCCACAUCGGCUCAGUCACCAUGGUUACACUCGGCCGGUGUGAAGUCAUGUUUUUAGUAUGAACCUUCUCAGCCACACGUUCAUGUCCCGACCCGCUGCUACCCUCGGCUCCGGCUGCAUGGAUGUGUAAAUAUAUGUGUGAGAGCGUAUCCAGUAUGUAUUUGUUACCGUUGACCUAUUCUGUUAUUACUCAAGCUCACAGAAAACAUGCUGACGAACGAUCAAAUAUCAGUCAGCUGACAGCACUACUGUUCACACUGACACCCGACUGGCUCUGACACGUGCAAUGAAAUCCUCUUUAUAUUUCUGUGGGGUUGAAAUGUUAUGAAGGAAACAAACAUUUUGACUGGACUGCACACCCAUACGAUGUUAACAAUUGCCCUGAUACAAUGUUUUUGUAAAAUUUCCAUUGCUCCCAGCGUUAGUGCUUGCACCGCCCCGCUCUUGUGCCUCUGGCUCGGGUUGAAGUCGUCCUGUUUGAGUGGAUGGAUCUCAGUAUGCCUGCAAUUCCCAGCUUUAUUAAAGCAUUAGAGCUAAUAAUGCCACACUGACCCCAGGUCAGCCUCAGCCUGCCCGAGUGUGAAACUGUGUGCAGGUAAACUUCUAUGAAAUGCUGUUAUCAGCAAUGUAGGUGGUCACAUGUUUCGUUAUGUUUUUUGUUGUUGUCCAUUUUAUGACGGUAGAUUUUCCCCCCUCUUCAUAAUAAAUAUAUUAAAUAAAACAA